AUGGGCCCUAAAAAGAACCCUCCAGGCAAACCCAGCCACUCCAAAGGGAAAAACUCCGAAUCAAAAAAACUCCCCAAAACCGGCCCGUCUACAUCUCGCCGAGCAGAGAACAGCGAAGAUAGAGAAAUCAAUUUAUCGGCAGCGGUAUCCUCAAUACCGCUCUCACUACAGCAAUUACUAUUAAACAUAUUCAAACCCGCGCUUCUAUCGCCAUCUUCAUCGCCAUUGUUGCAUGCACACGAUGAUCAAAAGACAGAUCCGGAAACGAAAGACGAUCUGCACACCCAGAUUCAGACCCUGAAAGCGCAUCUUUAUAAUAGGGAUUUUGUCUCUGCAUUUGCAGAUGCAAGUCCAGAGCUUCUUCGAGCUUAUGCGUUGCGAUGGUCCGCGUCUAGAUGUUUGGCAUAUGUCGGUGUGUUUAAAGCUGUGGUGGAGACUCUUUUGAACGGCCCGAAAUUCAAGGGAAAGGAUGACGGUGGUGGUACUUUGCAGGCCCUGUGUAUAGGUGGCGGUGCCGGUGCUGAAAUCAUUGCGCUGGCUGGUGUCUGGCGGGCUUUGCUAGAUGAAUACCAGACCCUUGAAAUUAAAGAAAAGGAGGAAUCCGGUGAUGUCGAUAUUGGGAAAUUAUCUCUGGAAGAUAAUAACACAACAGCCAACAAACCAUCACGCUCCUUGCCCCAGCUUUCCAUCACUGCAGUCGACAUUGCUGAAUGGUCGAAUGUGGUUGACCGCCUCAGCAAGAAUAUACACUCUACAGCUGUCCCGGGGUCAAAAUCAUGUCACUCGCCGCUUCUUCGAGACGAGUCGUCCAUCAAAAUCGCAUUCCAUCAGCUCGAUGUGCUUUCUCUUUCCGAGACUGAACUCUCAUAUCUAAUAUCGCCUCAGAACAGUACCCACAGCACGAAACUGAUUUCACUAAUGUUCACACUCAAUGAACUCUUCUCUACGUCCAUGCCAAAGACAACACAAUUAUUGCUGCGUCUCACAGAUAUGACUGAGCCAGGAACGAUAUUAUUGAUUGUCGACAGUCCUGGGAGUUACUCUACGCUGUCUUUAGGCGGAACCACGGAUAGCCCGUCUGAGACCAAACAGAGACAAUAUCCCAUGAAAUUCUUACUUGAGCAUACUCUCCUCGCGGUUACAGAAGGAAAGUGGGAGAAGAUUCUCUCGCAAGAUUCUAGAUGGUUCCGCAGAGAUGCGAGCAAACUAGCGUAUAGCGUGAAUCUCGAAGGCGGCGAGGGUUUGGUCAAGCUAGAGGAUAUGAGGUAUCAAAUCCAUGUUUAUCGACGGAUAUAA